AAUAUAAUUAUAAAUAUAAAAAUAAUAAGCCAAGCUUCUUUCAUGUUUCUCAACUGAACACUCUUUGCGAGCAAUUCAAAACCCUAUUGGAAUUCUCCAUUCACACGUUGAAGCUUUUGACGUCAUGGCUACACCAUUGGUGGCAGGGAUUGCAGUGGCGGCUGCGGCUUAUGCUGGUAGAUAUGGUAUCCAGGCUUGGCAAGCAUUCAAAGCUAGACCACCGAGUAUGCGUAAAUUUUAUGAAGGUGGUUUCCAGGCUACCAUGACUAGAAGGGAAGCAGCUCUUAUACUGGGUGUUAGAGAACGCACUCCAACAGAUAAGAUUAAAGAAGCACAUAGGAGGGUGAUGGUUGCAAACCAUCCAGAUGCAGGUGGCAGCCAUUACCUUGCAUCCAAAAUUAAUGAAGCAAAAGAUAUGUUACUUGGAAAGACCAAAGGUGGUGGGUCAGCAUUUUGAAGCCCGUAGAAGCCUUGCUUUCCAUCAUUUUGACAAUUUAGACCUUGGUCCUCAUUGAUGUCAAUUAUUAAUUUUUUGGGUCAUCGCCUAAUUAAUUCUUGUAAUCCAAUAGUGUGAGAAAAUUGGACAUGGUUAUGCUCUUAUCAGGAUGAUAAAGGUCCAUUGUAACUUGGCCUGUGCUAUAGAAGUUAAGAUUGCCAUCAAUAAAAUUGAUUUGUACUGGCACAUUUUACUACCAGUUCUUGCCUUUUUAGGUGGUGUCUCCCUUUUGGUUUGAGUUCAUGCCACUUCACCUUGAUGUUUGACAUGUACUUCACUAAUGUAAUCAAUUGUGUCCAUUGCAGAA